UUUAAUUUAUUCAUUCCCUUAAUUGCGUUUGGCAAAAAGUUUGCUUGGUUUAUGCAAAAGCACAAAGAUGGUGAUGACCCCAUUUCACGGCGGAAGCACCACUUCUGCUACGGCAGUCUCGCUGGUAUUGACGCUGUUUUUGAUUCUUGAUUCUCCGGCGGCCAUGGGGAACCCCGUUGUUGACUUGUCUAGCAUAGAAGAGGUGGUGAACAUGGCCGGCUAUGGGGAGGAGAAGCUUUCCACUGUUCUCAUUGAUGGUACUGUCCUCUGUCAUCCUUGUCUCUACGCUGAAAAGGCGGCGGCUCGUGACGAUGGUCUCCGGCAGCCGCCUCCGCCACAACCCAUCUCAGGUGCUUCCGUGGGUGUUUUCUGCGGAGGGAGAUGGCGGCGAUUAUGGGCGCGGAACACGACGGACGAAUACGGCGAGUUCCUCAUAGAUCUGCCUUCCCAUCUCCAUGCACUUCCAAACCUACACAACAUUUGCAGGGUUAAGAUUCUUCAUCUUCCAAGGGGUUCAACCUGCAGCACCCACCCAUCUUUUAAAGGGAAAGGCAUCAAGCUCACCGCAAUCCGCGACGUCGGCGUCCGUACUUACACCGCCCACAACAUACAUAUCACCCCUAAAACAUGCACAAAACGUUAACAAACAACCAUAUUAAUAUAUAUUGUAUUCUAGGUAUAAACAAUUACAUACGACGAUGGAGAGUUUUCAGUUUUGUACAAAAUUGGCCACAGCGUUACUCAUCUGGUUGGCGCUCCAGUCACAGUGUUUGAGUUAUUUACGUGCAGUGGUCUGGCUUCAGCUUGAAUUGCUAAGUUAUAUAUUUAUAUAAUAUAGUAUAAAUGAGUGGCAAGUAUUUAUCUUUUGAAAUAUAUGUGUGUUUGUGCACGAGAAA